AUGUGGACGGAACUGGAGCUCGUGGUGCUCGGCGUGACGGUCGUGACGGUCGCGCUGCUGAUUACGGCGGCGCGCGUGCUCAUGCCGCAGAAGACGGACGAAGUGGACGAGUCGCUCCAGGCCAUGAUCAACGGCUUUGACUUUGCGCUGCCCGACGAAGUGGAGGAGUACCGGCAGUGCAAAGCCGCGCACGGGGACGACACGGACAAGUGUUUCCAGCUGCUCUUCCGUCGCGCCGUGGCGGACAUCCCGCUGAUCCGCAAGAUCCAGUCGGAGAGCUCGGGCAUCCAGCGGCUCAAGAAGAACGACAUCCUCAAGGACGGCUCGUUCCUGAGCUACAAGUUGGCCGAGGAGUUGAUCAACGAGGAGAUUAACGACGUGCGUCGAGAGGCCGAGGAACUGAAACCAGGGGAGGGCUGGCCGGACAAGAUUUUCCCGCAGGCGGUACAGUUUAUGAGUCAGAUUGCCGAGCAGCAAGCGGCGACGCAGCGGAAGGCGGCCGAGGCACAGGCGAAGGCCAUGCAGGCGGCACACGCCAAGGCCAUGUUGCAAGCGGAAGCGGCGGAGAUUGCGGUGAAACACAUUGAAGCGCAGGUAGCAGCGACGGAGAGUGAGAAAGGAAAGAUGCGGAAGCGAAAGUGA